GCUUCGGACAGGAGAGUCGCUUGCAUAAUGGGGGUGAAGGAGAAGGCACAGACCGGGGACACGUCUGGCUGCGGGGAGAAGAAGCUCAACGUCCCUCAGCCCCCUUCUAUCGAAGACUUCACCAUAGUGAAGCCCAUUAGCCGGGGCGCGUUCGGUAAAGUCUAUCUGGCCCGCCGGAAAAACAAUGAAAAGCUCUUUGCUGUCAAGGUUGUCAAGAAGGCAGACAUGAUUAAUAAGAACAUGAUGCAGCAGGUCCAGGCAGAGAGGGACGCCUUGGCUUUGAGCAAAAGCCCCUUCAUCGUUCAUUUAUACUAUUCUCUUCAGUCAGCCAACAACAUAUACCUGGUCAUGGAGUACCUCAUCGGUGGGGAUGUAAAAUCUUUGCUCCAUAUCUACGGCUACUUUGAUGAAGAAAUGGCAGUUAAAUAUAUCUCAGAAGUCGCGUUGGCGCUCGAUUACCUGCACAGACACGGUAUCAUUCACAGGGACCUGAAGCCCGACAACAUGCUAAUCUCAAACGAGGGCCACAUAAAAUUAACAGACUUUGGCCUCUCUAAAGUUACUCUGAAGCGAGAGAUUAAUAUGAUGGAUAUUUUAACAACACCAUCCAUGGCAAAGCCCAAGCGAGAUUAUUUCCGAACUCCUGGACAAGUGCUGUCAUUAAUAAGCUCGUUGGGAUUUAACACACCGGUGCGAAGUAAAAUGCAGACAUCACUUUCAUCUUUGACUCCAGCAUCUGUAGACAGAAGCCAAGGAAAUUUUUCAACUCCUAUUUUAGCAAGAAAAAAAGAAAGCUCGGCGAAAGGCAGCAAACUCGUUAUAAAUUGUCCAGAGGUCAACAUGUCCAGCCCCAGCAUGCCAGUAAAAUGUCUGACUCCCAACCUGCUUAAAUGUAGGGGCCGGUUUGGCACAUCUAGCACUAGCAGUCAAUCCCACAUCGGUAUAUCGAGUAUAGAGUCAGAUUGCUGCAGCAGUCCCAGAUGGGAAAAUGGUCUUCAGGACCCAGAUGGACCUCCUUAUUUGAACUACAGUCGCUUGAAGAAUAGUUUGUCUGAUAAAUCAAGGAGCAAAGGACAAAUCGGCACAGUCGUUCAGAGCAUUAAACUAAAUGAACUGGAGUGUGCUAUUUCACCCAUCAUUAAUCGAAGAGGUGCCAGGAAGGUGAAUGUCCAAGAUGAGCCUGUUCUAGGGGAUACCCCUCUCGCUUUCAGUGCAAAAGCUUUUAGCAGGAAAUGUCUUUAUGAAAAUAAUGCUGAAGACAAUAAGGAGAACAUGAGUAAAAACGACAUGAAAAGACUUGAAAAACUACCCAGCUCUCCAGAAUCUCCCCCUUGGCUGACCAGUUCUUCUUUAGAAACCAUGGCAUAUAAUGAUGAGAAAAACCUGGAAAAAAGUGGAGUUAAAAGGGGCUAUGAGUUGGUUGAGAAGAGCCCUGGACAAGAUAUUCUAAAGGAGAAGAAGUGUACUUCAGAAUACCAACGUGCUUUUAAAAUAUCGAAUGUAGGGGUCAAUUUCAGCACCGGUUUAACCAUGGAGAUCGAGUCACUCUUACUUUCUGAUAACAGACGCUCUGUUCAAGAAUACCCCGGCGAUGAUAAUACAGAGAAGGGAUAUGUUCCUCCUCCCUUGACUCCGGAGAAGUCGAAUACAGAAAAACCUGUAGCAAAAAAUUUGUUGUGUGAGUUAGAAGGAAAGGAUAGCCCAAACUCUGAAUCAGAAGACGCUGAAAAUCCAAGACCUUGUUUCAGUGGAGAGUCUGAUCUUUCUUCCAAUGUAUCUGGGAGUGAAAAUCAGCUGGAAAAGGAGGUCUCCGAUGUUGACAAAAGCAUGAAAGAACUAUCCUUUGAGGAGUCGCAAAAUGAAGACCGUAAGGAAUCCACCCCUGAGGAUAACGGUGUAGGCUCUGUAGUUGAGAAGACCGAUAAGAUCAAGCACCACAAACUGGCAAGAGAGGAGUUGAAUAAUACUUCGUGUGAUAUGUGGGCAUCUCCUGCUCCAGCCAGAGCACUGACCAACCCUAAAAGGAAGCCCGUGGUGGCUUUUCGAAGCUACAAUAGCACCGUGAAUGUAUCGAAUUUCUCGGAACCCUCCAGAAUCAGUAUCGGUUCCAUGGAUAAAAUCCAUUUUUCUAUGGCGUGCACAGGUUCUUAUCCAUUGGCUGUUACACCAGCUCAGAAAGACCGGAAUUACAGAAAUUCCCAGGGACUUGCGGAGACGCCUUACAGAACACCAAAGAGUGUGAGAAGGGGAGCGCCGCAGCAUGAAAAUGAGAAAAUUCUCGGGACUCCAGACUACCUGGCACCAGAGCUGCUUCUGGGCAAGUUUCACGAUCACGCUGUGGACUGGUGGGCGCUCGGCGUUUGCUUGUUCGAGUUCUUAACGGGCAUUCCCCCUUUUAACGAUGAAACACCGGCCCAAGUGUUCCAGAACAUUCUAAAUAGAGACAUCCCCUGGCCAGAAGAAGAAGAAACCCUAUCUGCAAAUGCCCAAGGGGCUAUAGAUAUUCUCCUGACCAUAGAUAACACAAAGAGAGCUGGGUUUAAAGAUCUGAGAAUUCACCCGCUCUUCCACGACAUCGAAUGGGACACCUUACAGAACCAAGUUAUGCCAUUCAUACCACAGCCCGAUGAUGAAACCGACACGGCUUACUUUGAAGCCAGGAAUAACGCGCAGCAUCUCAAAGUGUCCGGCUUCACCCUUUAGGACCCGCCGCUUUAUUGCACGUUGUACUUUUUAGAGACCAUAAGAUACUUUGAUUCUUUACAUUUUUU